AUGCCCCGCUCCUUCCUGGUGAAGAAGCCUUCCAGCACCCGCAUCCCCAACUACGGCCAGCUCGACACCGGCGCUCGCGGUAAGGCUGCACGGUUCCACCUGCACCGGGGGGUCCCGGGACCCCCCCGGGACCCCCCGGGACCCUCAGUUCCUGCUGCCACCCCGGCGGUGGGCAGGGACUCCCCGGGGUGGGAGCGGAGGGGUGACCUGGUGCAGAUGAACCCCUGCCGAGUGCGUGACCCCCAAGGGGGGCUCCGGGGACCGGCUGGGCAGCCCGGCUGCCAUCCCUCAUCCCUUAACCCCCUCCCCAUUCCCACAGAGCUCGACGGCUUGUGUGACUGCGGGGGGCUGCUCCCCCCCGGCCACCGCCAGCCCCCCGUGCCCCCCGCUCCUCCUUGCCUGCAGGACCGCGGCCGCCUUCUCUCCCGCUUCCCCCUCCUGCUGCCCCCCGACACCAAGGCUUCCCCCAUCCCGAUGGGCACCCACAGCCCGGGCAACCCCCUGAAGGACAUCCAGACCCUCAACCUGCCCCUGCGGCGGGGGCCGCACCGGCGGAGCUUCAGCUGCCGGCACUGCGCCCGGGCGUACGCCAGCUUGGGCGCCCUGAAGAUGCACAUCCGUACCCACACCCUGCCCUGCCGAUGCCGCCUCUGCGGCAAAGCCUUCUCCCGGCCCUGGCUGCUCCAGGGUCACAUCCGCACCCACACGGGGGAGAAGCCCUACGCCUGCCCCCACUGCAGCCGGGCUUUCGCCGACCGCUCCAACCUCCGCGCCCACCUCCAGACCCACUCGGACGUCAAGAAGUACCGGUGCCGUGCCUGCGCCAGGACCUUCUCCCGCAUGUCGCUGCUGGCCCGGCACGAGGAGGGGGGGUGUUGCGGUACGUCCUGA